AUGGCAGAUGACGAAGAAUAUGAAGAGGUGGUGGAGUACUACACGGAAGAGACAAUCUAUGAAGAGGUGCCAGGCGAGACAAUAACAGAAGUCUAUGAAACUACUACCACAAGGACAACAACUGACUAUGAGCAGCCUGAAAUUUCCAAGCCAGCUCUGGCACAUCCAGAGCCAGCAAAACCGACGGAAAGAAAGAAGGUUGUCCGGAAGAAGUUGGAUUCUUCAAAAUUCAUGACUCCGUACAUUGCACAUAGUCAGAAAAUGCAGGAUCUUUUCAGUACAAAUAAAUACAAGGAGAACUAUGAGAAAGCAAAAGGACAGCCAACUGCCAUCACAACUGAUACGCCAGAACUUCGCAGAAUCAAGAAAGUACAAGAUCAACUCAGUGAGGUUAAGUAUCGAAUGGAUGGCGAUGUUGCCAAAACUAUUUGUCAUGUGGAUGAAAAAGCUAAGGACAUUGAGCAUGCAAAGAAAGUGUCGCAGCAAGUCAGCAAGGUCUUAUACAAGCAAAACUGGGAGGACACCAAGGACAAGUACCUGCUUCCCCCUGAUGCCCCUGAGCUUGUCCAGGCCAUCAAGAACUCAGCCUUGUUCAGUAAGAAACUGUACACUGAAGACUGGGAAGCUGACAAAAGUAUGUUUUAUCCCUAUAAUGAUAGUCCGGAGCUGAGAAGGGUCGCUCAAGCCCAGAAAGCACUCAGUGAUAUUGCCUACAAAAAAGGUCUUACUGAACAGCAAACACAAUUCACAUCUCUGGCAGAUCCUCCAGACAUAGAAUUUGCCAAGAAAGUGACGAAUCAAGUGAGCAAGCAAAAAUAUAAGGAAGACUAUGAAAAUAAAGUCAAAGGCAAAUGGAGUGAGACACCCUGCUUUGAAAUUGCAACUGCCAGAAUGAAUGCUGAUAACCUCAGCUCAAGAAAAUACCAGGAAGACUUUGAGAAUCAGAAAGACCAGAUCUACUUCAUGCAGACGGAAACCCCAGAAUACAAAGUGAAUAAGCAAGCUGGUGUGGCUGCUAGCAAGGUAAAAUACAAAGAAGACUAUGAAAAAAAUAAAGCAAAAGCAGAUUAUAAUGUGCUUCCUGCGACAGAAAACCCACUGCUUAGGCAGCUGAAGGCAGCAGGAAAUGUUCUGAAUGAUAAACUUUACAAGGAAAACUAUGAAAAAACCAAGGCAAAGAGCAUAAAUUACUGUGAGACUCCGAAAUUUCAGCUUGAUACAAUUCUGCAUAACUUCAGUAGUGAUACUAAAUAUAAAGAUUCCUACUUAAAGAAUAUUUUGGGACAUUAUGUAGGAAGCUUUGAGGAUCCAUAUCAAACACAUUGUAUGAAAGUCACAGCUCAAAAUAGUGAUAAAAACUAUAAAUCAGAAUAUGAAGAGGACAGAGGCAAAUGUUUCUUCCCUCAGACCAUAACACAAGAAUAUGAAGCAAUUAAGAAACUAGAUCAGUGUAAAGAUCACGCAUACAAAACCCACCCAGAUCAGACAAAAUUCACUCAAGUAGCUGACUCUCCUGUUAUGGUGCAAGCUCAAGUCAAUUCCAAACAAUUGAGUGAUCUAAACUACAAAGCCAAGCAUGAAAGUGAAAAGUUCAAGUGCCAUAUACCUCCGGACACUCCUACUCUAAUACAGCAUAAAGUCAAUGCCUACAAUCUGAGUGAUAAUGUUUAUAAGCAAGACUGGGAGAAGAUCAAAGCUAAGAAGUUUGACAUUAAAGUGGAUGCUAUUCCUUUGCUGGCAGCCAAAGCGAACAGCAGGAACACCAGUGAAGUGAUGUACAAAAAAGACUAUGAGAAAAAUAAAGGGAAAAUGAUUGGAGCGCUCAGCAUUAAUGAUGAUCCCAAAAUGCUGCACUCUUUGAAAACAGCCAAAAACCAGAGCGAUAGGUUAUACAAAGAAAAUUAUGAAAAAACAAAGGCAAAGAGUGUGAAUUACUGUGAGACGCCCAAAUAUCAACUUGAUACCAUGCUGAAGGCCUUCAGUGAGGCUAAAUAUAAAGAUUCUUAUGUCCAAAAUGUCUUGGGGCAUUACAUAGGCAGCUUUGAGGAUCCAUAUCAAAUUCAUUGCAUGAAAGUUUCAGCUCAAAAUAGUGACAAAAAUUACAAAGCAGAAUAUGAAGAAGAUAGAGGGAAAUGCUAUUUCCCUCAGACAAUAACGCAAGAAUAUGAAGCAAUCAAGAAGCUAGAUCAGUGCAAAGAUCAUACCUACAAAGUUCAUCCAGAUAAAACCAAAUUCACAGCUGUUACUGAUACUCCAGUAUUAUUACAAGCCCAGCUCAACACAAAACAGCUUAGUGAUCUGAACUAUAAAGCAAAACAUGAAGGUGAGAAGUUCAAGUGCAAUGUGCCAGCAGAUGCUCCAGAGUUUAUCCAGCACAAAGUCAAUGCUUAUAACUUGAGUGAUAAUGUUUAUAAGCAAGACUGGGAGAAGAGCAAGGCUAAGAAGUUUGAUAUUAAAAUGGAUGCCAUUCCUCUGCUGGCAGCCAAAGCUAAUAGCAAGAACACCAGUGAAGUGAUGUACAAGAAAGACUAUGAGAAAAAUAAAGGGAAAAUGAUUGGAGCACUCAGCAUUAAUGAUGAUCCCAAAAUGUUGCACUCUUUGAAGACGGCCAAAAACCAGAGUGAUCGUGAAUAUCGUAAGGACUAUGAGAAGUCAAAAACUAUUUACACAGCACCUCUAGAUAUGAUCCAAGUCACUCAAGCUAAGAAAUCACAGGCAAUCGUCAGUGAUGUGGACUACAAGCACAUCCCUCACAGUUACAGCUUCCCGCCUGACAGCAUCAAUAUGGACCUCGCCAAGAAGGCUUAUGCAUUGCAAAGUGAUGUUGAAUAUAAAGCUGACUACAACAGCUGGAUGAAAGGCUGUGGCUGGGUGCCUUAUGGGUCCUUAGAAAUGGAAAAGGCAAAGAGGGCUUCAGAGAUUCUUAAUGAGAAAAAAUACCGCCAGCAUCCAGAUACUCUCAAGUUUACAGCCAUUGAAGAUGCUCCCAUUACAAUUCAGUCUAAAAUUAACCAGGCUCAGAGGAGUGAUAUUGCCUACAAAGCCAAAGGAGAGGAAAUGCUCCAUAAAUACAACCUGCCAGCUGACCUGCCACAGUUCAUUCAGGCUAAAGUGAAUGCCUAUAAUAUCAGUGAGAAUAUGUACAAAGCUGACUUGAAAGAUUUAAGCAAGAAGGGAUAUGACUUGAGAAUUGAUGCCAUUCCCAUCAAAGCUGCCAAAGCUGCUAGGCAGGCAGCAAGUGAUGUUCAGUACAAAAAAGAUUUUGAAAAAGCCAAAGGGAAAAUGGUUGGCUUCCAAAGUCUACAAGAUGAUCCUAAACUGGUUCAUUAUAUGAAUGUGGCUAAGUUACAGUCAGAUAGAGAGUAUAAGAAAGAUUAUGAGAAAACAAAAACUAAAUACAACACACCCCAUGAUAUGUUCAAUGUGGUGGCAGCUAAGAAAGCACAGGAUACAGUCAGCAAUGUCAACUAUAAACAUCAACUACAUCACUACACCUACCUGCCUGAUGCCAUGGACCUGGAAUUGUCUAAAAACAUGAUGCACAUACAGAGUGAUAAUGCCUACAAAGAAGACUACAAUACCUGGAUGAAAGGCAUCGGCUGGAUACCUAUUGGCAGUCUUGAUGUAGAAAAAGUUAAAAAAGCAGGUGAUGCCCUGAAUGAAAAGAAAUACAGGCAACAUCCAGACACACUCAAAUUUACCAGCAUUGUUGACUCCCCAGUUAUGGUCCAAGCAAAACAGAACACUCAACAAGUCAGUGAUAUCUUAUACAAAGCUAAAGCAGAAGAUGUGAAGCAUAAAUAUACAAUGAGUCCAGAUCUCCCAGAGUUUGUCCAGGCCAAGUGCAAUGCUUACAAUAUAAGUGAUGUCUGUUAUAAACGGGAUUGGCAUGACUUAAUAGCCAAAGGCAACAAUGUGCUGGGGGAUGCUAUUCCCAUUGCUGCAGCAAAAGCAUCCAGAAAUAUCGCCAGUGAUUAUAAAUACAAGGAAGCUUAUGAGAAGUCAAAAGGAAAGCAAGUCGGUUUUAGAAGCCUCCAAGAUGAUCCCAAGCUAGUCCAUUAUAUGAAUGUGGCGAAGUUGCAAUCUGAUCGUGAAUAUAAGAAGAACUAUGAAAACACAAAAACCAGCUAUCAUACACCUGGAGACAUGGUUAGCAUUACAGCUGCAAAGAUGGCCCAGGAUGUUGCCACAAACGUUAACUACAAACAGCCAAUACAUCAUUAUACAUACUUACCUGAUGCCCUGAGUCUUGAGCAUACCCGGAAUGUGAACCAAAUUCAAAGUGAUAAUGCUUAUAAAGAUGAGUAUAACAGCUUCUUCAAAGGAAUUGGAUGGAUCCCUAUUGGUUCUCUGGAGGUUGAGAAGGUCAAGAAAGCAGGAGAAGCACUAAAUGAGAGGAAAUAUCGACAGCAACCAGAUACCAUCAAAUUCACAAGUGUGCCUGAUUCCAUGGGCAUGGUUUUGGCUCAACAGAACACAAAGCAGCUAAGUGAUUUGAAUUAUAAGGUGGAGGGAGAAAAGCUGAAGCACAAGUACACCAUGGACCCUGAAUUGCCACAGUUCAUUCAAGCCAAAGUCAACGCUCUCAACAUGAGUGAUGCUUAUUAUAAAGCAGAUUGGAAGAAAACCCUUGCAAAGGGCUAUGAUUUGAGACCAGAUGCAAUUCCCAUUGUUGCUGCAAAGAGUUCAAGGAAUAUUGCUAGUGAUUUCAAAUACAAGGAAGCUCAUGAGAAAGCUAAAGGCAAGCAUAUUGGAUUUCUUAGCAUUCAGGAUGACCCUAAGCUGGUUCACUACAUGAAUGUUGCCAAAAUACAGUCAGAUCGUGAGUACAAAAAGGGGUAUGAAGCCACCAAGACCAGAUACCAUAUACCAUUGGAUAUGUUCAGUGUGACGGCUGCAAAGAAAUCUCAGGAGGUUGCUACUAAUGCCAACUAUAAACAGCCCUUCCACAACUACACUCUCUUGCCCGAUGCCAUGAAUAUGGAGCACUCCAGAAAUGUCAUGCAGAAUCAAAGUGAUAAUCUGUACAAAGCAGACUUCACUAACUGGAUGAGAGGAAUUGGCUGGGUCCCCAUAGAUUCUCUAGAGGUGGAGAAAGCGAAGAAAGCAGGAGAGAUUCUUAGUGAGAAGAAGUAUCGCCAGCACCCUGAGAAGCUGAAGUAUACGUAUUCCAUGGACACUAUGGAACAAGCACUUAACAAAAGUAACAAGCUAACUAUGAACAAGAGGCUCUACACAGAGAAAUGGGACAAAGACAAGACCUCCAUUCAUGUUAUGCCCGAUACUCCAGACAUUUUGCUCUCCAGAGUAAACCAAAUCACCAUGAGUGACAAACUCUACAAAGCAGGCUGGGAAGAAGAAAAGAAGAAAGGUUAUGAUCUGAGACCGGAUGCCAUUCCAAUAAAGGCCGCAAAAACCUCUAGAGACAUUGCCAGUGAUUACAAAUAUAAGCAAGCUUAUGAAAAAACCAAAGGGAAGCACAUUGGCUUCCGAAGCCUAGAGGAUGACCCCAAGUUGGUGCACUUCAUGCAAGUGGCCAAAAUGCAGUCCGACAGAGAAUAUAAGAAAGGCUAUGAGAAAUCCAAGACAUCCUUCCACACCCCUGUGGACAUGUUCAGCGUGGUAGCAGCCAAGAAAUCUCAGGAAGUUGCCACCAAUGCCAACUACAGAAAUAUCAUACAUACCUACAACAUGCUUCCUGAUUCCAUGAGCUUUGAAUUGGCCAAAAAUAUGAUGCAGAUUCAAAGUGAUAAUCAGUACAAAGCUGACUAUGAUGACUUUAUGAAGGGUAUUGGAUGGCUGCCCCUGGGGUCUCUGGAGGCUGAGAAAAACAAGAAAGCCAUGGAGAUCAUUAGUGAAAAGAAGUACCGCCAACACCCAAAUACUUUGAAAUAUUCAACAUUGAUGGACUCAAUGAAUAUGGUUUUGGCGCAGAAUAAUGCAAAAAUUAUGAAUGAACACCUCUAUAAACAAGCAUGGGAGGCUGACAAAACUAAAGUCCACAUCACGACUGAUCUCCCUCAAAUGAUUUUGGCAAAGGCUAAUGCAAUUAAUAUGAGCGAUAAAAUCUACAAACUUUCAUUAGAAGAGGCUAAAAAGAAAGGCUAUGAUCUCAGAACUGAUGCAAUUCCUAUCAAGGCUGCUAAGGCUUCAAGAGAUAUAGCAAGUGAUUAUAAAUAUAAACACAGCUAUGAGAAAGAGAAGGGGAAAAUGGUUGGCUUCCGUAGUCUUGAAGAUGAUCCCAAAUUAGUCCAUUCCAUGCAAGUGGCCAAGAUGCAAUCUGAGCGAGAGUACAAGAAAAACUACGAGAAGACAAAGACCAAUUACCACACCUCUCCAGAUAUGCUCAGUGUCAUUGCUGCCAAGGAUGCCCAAGCAAACAUCAGCAAUACUAACUAUAAACGCCUAAUUCAUAAGUACAUCCUGCUUCCAGAUGCCAUGAACAUUGAGCUGACCAGGAACAUGAAGCACGUUCAGAGUGAUAAUGAAUAUAGGCAGGACUACAAUGAAUGGUACAAAGGACUUGGCUGGAGUCCUGCUGGUUCACUAGAAGUGGAGAAGGCCAAGAAAGCGACGGAAUAUGCCAGUGAUCAGAAAUACCGCCAGCACCCGAGCAGCUUUCAGUUUAAGAAACUUACUGACUCCAUGGACAUGGUUCUUGCCAAGCAAAAUGCACAUACUAUGAAUAAGCACUUGUAUACCAUUGACUGGAACAAAGAUAAAACCAAAAUACAUGUGAUGCCCGAUACACCAGAUAUUUUACAAGCCAAGCAGAAUCGAACUCUGUAUAGUCAGAAACUCUAUAAACUUGGAUGGGAAGAAGCUUUGAAGAAAGGCUAUGAUCUCCCACUUGAUGCAAUUUCUGUACAGUUGGCAAAAUCUUCACGAGACAUUGCCAGUGAUUUUAAAUACAAACAAGGCUACCGCAAGCAGCUUGGCCACCAUAUUGGAUUCCGGAGUGUGCAAGAUGAUCCGAAGCUUGUGUUGUCAAUGAAUGUGGCCAAAAUGCAGAGUGAAAGAGAAUAUAAAAAGGACUUUGAGAAAUGGAAAACCAAGUACACGAGCCCAGUGGACAUGUUGGGAGUAGUGCUGGCCAAGAAAUGUCAGGCUCUGGUCAGUGAUGUGGAUUAUAAGAACUACCUGCAUCAGUGGACAUGCCUGCCUGACCAGAAUGAUGUUAUUCAAGCUAAGAAAGUGUAUGAGCUACAGAGUGAGAAUAUGUAUAAAGCUGAUCUUGAAUGGCUGAAAGGAAUAGGAUGGAGCCCUCUGGGUUCCUUGGAGGCAGAAAAGAAUAAGAGGGCUUCAGAAAUAAUUAGUGACAAGAAAUAUCGUCAGCCUCCAGACAAAAACAAGUUCACCAGCAUUCCUGACGCCAUGGAAAUUGUUCUGGCAAAAACAAAUGCCAAAAAUAUAAGUGGUAGACUUUAUAGAGAAGCUUGGGACAAAGACAAGACUCAAAUUCACAUCAUGCCUGAUACACCUGACAUCAUUCUGGCUAAAGCAAACUUAGUCAAUACAAGUGAUAAACUCUACAGAUUGGGUUAUGAGGAACUGAAGAAAAAAGGUUAUGAUCUUCCCCUUGAUGCAAUAUCCAUCAAAUCAGCAAAAGCAUCCCGAGAAAUUGCCAGUGAAUACAAAUACAAGGAAGGCUUUCGCAAACAACUUGGCCAUCACAUUGGGGCCAGGGACAUUAAGGAUGACCCCAAGAUGAUGUGGUCCAUUCAUGUGGCCAAGAUCCAGAGUGACAGAGAGUACAAAAAGGACUUUGAGAAGUGGAAGACCAAGUACUCCAGCCCCGUGGACAUGCUGGGGGUAGUGCUAGCCAAGAAGUGCCAGACCUUGGUCAGUGAUGCAGACUACAGGAACUACCUGCACCAGUGGACAUGCUUGCCUGACCAGAAUGAUGUCAUCCAUGCUCGACAGGCCUAUGACAUGCAGAGCGAUAAUUUGUACAAGGCUGACCUUCAGUGGCUAAAAGGCAUUGGCUGGAUACCUACUGGCUCGCUGGAGGCUGAGAAAAAUAAGAGAGCUACCGAGAUUUUGAGUGACCAUAUUUACCGUCAGCAUCCAAAUAAAUUAAAGUUUUCCAGCCUUAUGGACUCAAUGCCAAUGGUCUUGGCCAAAAGCAAUGCUAUUACCAUGAACCAUCGCCUCUAUACAGAAGCUUGGGAUAAAGAUAAAACCACUGUCCACAUCAUGCCAGACACCCCUGAAGUUUUACUUGCUAAACAAAACAAGAUAAAUUACAGUGAGAAACUUUAUAAACUUGGGUUGGAAGAAGCCAGGAAGAAAGGCUAUGACAUGCGGUUAGAUUCCAUUCCCAUCAGGGCUGCCAAGGCCUCCAGGGACAUUGCUAGUGAAUUCAAGUACAAAGAAGGCUAUCGUAAGCAACUUGGCCACCAUAUUGGAGCUCGAGCAAUACAUGAUGAUCCCAAGAUGAUGUGGUCCAUUCAUGUGGCCAAGAUCCAGAGUGACAGAGAGUACAAAAAGGACUUUGAGAAGUGGAAGACCAAGUACUCCAGCCCCGUGGACAUGCUGGGGGUGGUGUUAGCCAAGAAGUGCCAGACCUUGGUCAGUGAUGCAGACUACAGGAACUACCUGCACCAGUGGACAUGCCUGCCUGACCAGAAUGAUGUCAUUCAUGCUCGACAGGCCUAUGACCUCCAGAGCGAUAACAUGUAUAAGGCAGAUCUCCAGUGGAUGAGAGGCAUAGGCUGGGUUCCUAUUGGCUCCUUGGAUGUGGAAAAAUGCAAGCGGGCAACUGAAAUUUUAAGUGAUAAAAUUUAUCGCCAGCCUCCAGACAAACUUAAAUUUACUGUUGUGACUGAUUCUCUGGAACAAGUGUUAGCCAAGAAUAAUGCUAUUACCAUGAACAAGCGCUUAUACACAGAAGCCUGGGACAAAGACAAGACACAGAUCCACAUCAUGCCAGACACACCAGAAAUUAUGUUGGCAAGAAUGAACAAAAUCAACUAUAGUGAGAGUCUAUAUAAACUCGCCAAUGAAGAGGCAAAGAAGAAAGGUUAUGACCUGAGAAGUGAUGCUAUUCCCAUUGUAGCUGCGAAGGCUUCCCGGGACAUUGCCAGUGACUACAAAUACAAAGAUGGCUACCGCAAGCAGCUUGGUCAUCACAUUGGGGCCAGGGACAUUAAAGAUGACCCCAAGAUGAUGUGGUCCAUUCAUGUGGCCAAGAUCCAGAGUGACAGAGAGUACAAAAAGGACUUUGAGAAGUGGAAGACCAAGUACUCCAGCCCUGUGGAUAUGCUGGGUGUGGUGCUGGCCAAGAAGUGCCAGACCUUGGUCAGUGAUGCAGACUACAGGAACUACCUGCACCAAUGGACAUGCCUGCCUGACCAGAAUGAUGUCAUCCAUGCUCGACAGGCCUAUGACAUCCAGAGUGACAAUGUCUAUAAAGCAGACCUCCAGUGGAUGAAAGGCAUUGGCUGGGUCCCCAUAGGGUCUCUGGAUGUGGAAAAAUGCAAGAGAGCAACAGAGAUACUGAGUGACAAUAUCUACCGCCAACCUCCAGACAAGCUGAAGUUUACCAGUGUGACAGAUUCUCUGGAACAAGUGCUGGCUAAGAACAAUGCCAUCACCAUGAACAAGCGUUUAUACACAGAAGCCUGGGACAAAGACAAGACUCAAAUUCAUAUCAUGCCUGAUACUCCAGAGAUCAUGUUGGCACGCCAGAACAAAAUCAACUACAGUGAGAGCCUCUAUCGGCAGGCCAUGGAAGAAGCCAAAAAAGAAGGCUAUGAUUUGAGAAGUGAUGCCAUUCCCAUUGUAGCUGCCAAGGCCUCCCGGGAUAUUGCCAGUGAUUAUAAAUACAAAGAAGCUUAUAGGAAGCAACUGGGACACCACAUUGGAGCCCGAGCUAUCCAUGAUGACCCCAAGAUGAUGUGGUCCCUUCAUAUUGCCAAAGUGCAGAGUGACCGUGAGUAUAAGAAAGAAUUCGAGAAAUACAAGACCAGAUACAGCAGCCCAGUGGAUAUGCUUGGUAUUGUUUUGGCCAAGAAAUGUCAGACCUUGGUCAGUGACGUGGACUAUAAACAUCCUCUUCAUGAGUGGACCUGCCUGCCUGACCAGAAUGACAUCAUCCAAGCUCGGAAAGCUUAUGAGCUCCAGAGUGAUAAUGUAUACAAGGCAGAUCUUGAAUGGAUGAAGGGUAUUGGCUGGGUACCAAUUGGCUCAUUGGAAGUUGUUAAAGCCAAGAGGGCCACAGAGAUACUGAGUGACAAUAUCUACCGUCAACGUCCAGACUCAAUGAAAUUCACCAGCAUAACCGAUUCUCUGGAGCAGGUUCUGGCAAAGAACAAUGCUAUUAAUAUGAAUAAGCGCUUAUAUACGGAGGCUUGGGAUAAUGACAAGAAAACAAUUCAUGUCAUGCCUGACACACCAGAAAUCAUGCUGGCCAAACUCAACAGAAUAAACUACAGUGAUAAACUUUAUAAGCUUGCUUUGGAAGAGUCCAAGAAAGAAGGUUAUGAUUUGCGUUUGGAUGCCAUUCCAAUCCAGGCAGCCAAGGCUUCAAGAAAUAUUGCUAGCGAUUACAAGUACAAGGAAGGUUACCGCAAGCAGAUUGGCCAUCACAUAGGGGCCCGAGACAUUAAGGAUGACCCCAAAAUAAUGUGGUCCUUGCAUGCUGCCAAGAUCCAGAGUGACAGAGAGUAUAAAAAAGACUUUGAAAAGUGGAAAACCAAGUACACCAGUCCCGUGGAUAUGCUGGGGGUGGUACUGGCCAAGAAGUGUCAGAUCCUUGUAAGCGACAUAGACUACAAGCAUCCACUACAUGAAUGGACCUGCCUUCCUGAUCAGAAUGAUGUCAUCCAGGCUCGGAAAGCUUAUGACCUUCAAAGUGAUGCAAUUUACAAGGCUGAUCUUGAGUGGUUAAGAGGAAUUGGAUGGGUGCCCAUUGGAUCCGUAGAGGUCGAGAAAGUCAAGAGAGCUGGAGAAAUUCUAAGUGACAGGAAGUACCGUCUGCCCGCUGAUAAGCUCAAAUUCACAUGCAUUACAGACACUCCGGAAAUUGUUUUGGCAAAGAAUAAUGCCCUGACGAUGAGCAAGCAUUUGUAUACAGAAGCUUGGGAUGCUGACAAAACCUCCAUUCAUGUUAUGCCUGACACCCCAGAAAUCCUGCUGGCCAAGAGUAAUUCUGCUAAUAUCAGUCAAAAACUUUACACCAAAGGAUGGGAUGAAGCAAAAAUGAAGGAAUAUGACCUGAAAGCUGAUGCUGUUUCCAUUAAAAGUGCAAAGGCCUCAAGGGAUAUUGCCAGUGAUUACAAAUAUAAAGAAGCAUAUGAGAAACAGAAAGGCCACCACAUUGGUGCUCAGAGCAUUGAAGAUGAUCCCAGGAUUAUGUGUGCUAUGCAUGCUGGGAAAAUUCAAAGUGAAAGGGAAUACAAGAAGGAUUUUGAAAAAACGAAGACCAAGUACUCCAGCCCAGUGGACAUGCUAGGCAUUUUACUGGCUAAGAAAUGUCAAACUCUGGUCAGUGAUGUGGAUUACCGCAAUAUCCUGCAUCAGUGGACUUGCUUACCUGAUCAAAAUGACAUUAUCCAAGCAAGGAAGGCCUAUGAACUUCAGAGUGAUGCUAUCUACAAGGCUGACUUGGAGUGGUUACGUGGCAUUGGCUGGAUACCUGAAGGGUCUCCUGAGGUCCUGAGGGUGAAAAAUGCACAAGAAAUCUUUCGAGACAGUGUCUACCGGACCCCUGUGGUGAACCUCAAAUACACAAGCAUUGUGGAUACACCGGAAGUGGUUCUUGCCAAAUCAAAUGCUGAAAACAUUAGCAUUCCAAAGUACAGAGAACUUUGGGACAAAGAUAAAACUUCAAUCCACAUAAUGCCUGACACUCCAGAAAUUAAUCUGGCUAGAGCCAAUGCUCUUAAUGUGAGCAACAAAGUUUAUCGUGAAGGUUGGGAUGAAGUAAAGAUGAGUUGUGAUGUUCGAUUGGAUGCCAUCCCCUUCCAGGCUGCCAAGGCCUCCAGAGAGAUUGCCAGUGAUUAUAAAUACAAGCUUGACCAUGAGAAGCAGAAGGGACACUAUGUGGGUACCCUUACAGCCAGAGAUGACAACAAGAUCCGGUGGGCCCUGUUAGCAGACAAGAUUCAGAAUGAGAGAGAGUAUCGGCUGCAAUGGGCCAAGUGGAAGACGAAGUUCCAAAGCCCUGUGGAUAUGCUGUCUAUCUUGCAUUCUAAAAAAUGCCAGACCCUGGUCAGUGAUGUUGAUUAUCGCCAUAAACUACACCAGUGGACCUGCAUGCCUGACCAAAAUGACGUGAUCCAGGCCAAGAAAGCCUAUGAACUACAGAGUGAUGCUGUGUACAAGGCUGACUUGGAGUGGUUACGUGGGAUUGGAUGGAUGCCAAAUGAUUCUGUUUCAGUCAAUCAUGCCAAAAAUGCUGCUGAUAUCUUCAGUGAGCAAAAAUAUCGAACAAAAAUAGAAAGUCUCAGCUUUACUCCAGUGGAUGACAGAGUUGAUUAUGUGACAGCAAAACAAAGUGGUGAGAUCCUCAAUGAUAUAAAGUACCGAAAAAAUUGGAAUGACACCAAGUCUAAGUACACUCUCACAGAAACUCCACUGCUGCAUACUGCCCAGGAAGCAGCCCGGAUUCUGGACCAGUAUCGCUACAAGGAAGGCUGGGAGAAACAAAAAGCUACAGGUUACAUUUUGCCUCCGGAUGCAGUUCCAUUUGUUCAUGCCCAUCACUCUGCUGAUGUUCAAAGUGAGCUGAAAUACAAAGCUGAACAUGUAAAGCAAAGAGGCCAUUAUAUUGGUGUGUCAAAGAUGAGAGAUGAUCCUAAGCUGGUUUGGUUUGAGCAUGCAGGGCAGAUCCAGAAUGACAGGCUCUACAAAGAAGACUACCAUAAAACAAAGGCUAAAAUCAACAUCCCUGGUGAUAUGGUGUCAGUAUUGGCUGCCAAGCAAGGACAGAACCUUGUCAGUGAUAUUGACUACCGUAAUUACCUUCAUCAAUGGACAUGCCAUCCUGACCAAAAUGAUGUUAUUCAGGCACGAAAGGCGUAUGACCUCCAGAGUGAUAACGUCUAUAAAGCUGACCUGGAGUGGCUCAAAGGAAUUGGCUGGAUUCCCUUGGAUUCUGUGGACCAUCUGAGGGUUACUAAGAACCAGGAAAUGGUUAAUCAGAUAAAAUAUAAGAAAGAGGCUCUUGACAACUAUCCCAACUUUACAAGUGUGGUUGAUCCUCCAGAGAUUGUUUUGGCCAAGAUUAACUCAGUCAAUCAAAGUGAUGUGAAAUAUAAAGAAACAUUUAAUAAAGAAUUAAAGGGAAAGUAUAUAUUUUCUCCAGAUACUCCACAUAUUACCCACUCCAAAGACAUGGGGAAACUCUACAGUACUAUAUUGUAUAAAGGGGCCUGGGAGGGAACCAAGGCUUAUGGUUAUACGUUGGAUGAACGUUAUAUUCCCAUUGUUGGAGCCAAGAAUGCUGACUUUGUGAACAGUGAGCUAAAAUAUAAAGAGACAUAUGAGAAGCAAAAGGGUCACUACCUGGCUGGAAAAGAAAUCAGUGAGUUCCCUGGUGUGGUUCACUCUCUAGAUUUCCAAAAGAUGAGAAGUGCGUUAAACUACCGAAGAGAUUAUGAAGACACCAAAGCAAAUGUUCAUAUCCCCAAUGAUAUGAUGAAUCACGUGCUAGCUAAAAAGUGCCAGUACAUUCUCAGUGACCUGGAAUACCGGCACUACUUCCACCAAUGGACAUCUCUUCCAGAAGAACCCAAUGUUAUUCGGGCCCGAAAUGCACAGGAAAUCUUGAGUGAUAAUGUAUAUAAAGAUGACUUGAAUUGGCUGAAAGGCAUCGGGUGCUAUGUUUGGGAUACACCCCAAAUUCUCCAUGCCAAAAAGUCAUACGACCUACAGAGUCAGAUACAAUAUAUGGCAGCAAGUAAAGAAAAUCUACCAAAUUACAAACUGGUCACAGACACUCCACUUUAUGUGACUGCUGUUCAAAGUGGCAUUAAUGCCAGUGAGGUAAAAUAUAAAGAAAACUAUCAUCGGAUUAAGGACAAAUAUACAACAGUUGUGGACACAGUGGAUCACGACAGAACCAAGAAUCUAAAGAAUCUUUAUAGCAGUAACCUGUAUAAGGAAGCAUGGGAUAAAGUAAAAGCCACCAGCUAUGUCCUGCCUCCCAGCAGCGUUUCCCUGACACAUGCUAAGAACCAGAAGGAUCUGUCCAGCAUUAACAAAUAUCGGGAAGAAUAUGAAAAGUUCAAAGCUCUUUAUACUUUACCAAAUAGUGUUGAAGAUGACCCAAAUACAGCACGAUGCCUCAGAGUCGGCAAAUUUAACAUUGACCGCCUGUAUAGGUCUGUGUAUGAACAGAACAAGAUGAAAAUCCACAUGGUGCCUGACAUGGUGGAGUUGGUUACGGCUAAGGAUUCUCAGAAGAAAGUCAGUGAGGUUGAUUACCGCCUGCACCUCCAUGAAUGGAUUUGCCACCCUGACUUAAAAGUUAACGAUCACGUCAGGAGAGUCACAGAUCAGAUCAGUGAUAUUGUCUACAAAGAUGACCUCACCUGGCUCAAAGGCAUUGGUUGCUAUGUAUGGGACACUCCUGAAAUUCUCCAUGCAAAACAUGCUUAUGAUCUGCGCAAUGAUAUAAAGUACAAAGCUCACGUGCAAAAAACAAGGAAUGACUACAACCUGGUCACUGACACCCCACUUUAUGUGCAGGCUGUCAAAAGCGGAAAGCAACUAAGUGAUGCUGUCUAUCACUAUAACUAUGUGAACAGUGUCAGAGGCAAAGUAGCUCCAACGACAAAAACAGUGGAUCUAGACCGGGCACUUCAUGCGUACAAGCUGCAGAGCGAGAAUCUGUACAAAGGACCUGGCCUGCGCUCACUGCCCCAUGGAUAUAGACUUCCAGUUGACACCCCUCACUUCAAACACAGCCAAGAUACCCGAUACAUGAGCAGUUAUUUCAAAUACAAAGAAGCUUAUGAACAUAUCAAGGCAAAUGGAUAUACACUUGGACCCAACGAUGUUCCAUUUGUCAAUGUUCGAAGGGUCAACAAUGUGACCAGCGAGAGACUGUAUCGACAAUUAUACCACAAACUGAAAGACAAGAUUCACACAACUCCUGACACCCCAGAAAUCCGCCAAGUCAAGAAGACACAGGAGGCUGUCAGUGAGCUGAUAUACAAAUCAGACUUCUUCAAGAUGCAAGGCCACAUGAUUUCAUUGCCGUACACACCACAAGUGCUUCAUUGUCGCUAUGUGGGAGACAUCACCAGUGAUAUUAAAUACAAAGAGGACUUACAGAUUCUGAAGGGACUAGGAUGUUUCUUAUAUGACACACCUGACAUGGUUCGCUCCCGGCACCUGCGCAAACUCUGGUCUAAUUACCUGUACACCGACAAUGCAAGGAAGAUGCGUGACAAAUACAAAGUAGUCCUUGACACACCAGAAUAUAGGAAAGUGCAAGAGCUGAAGACACAUCUGAGUGAGCUGGUAUACAGAGCUACAGGCAAGAAAUUGAAAUCCAUCUUCACUUCAAUUUCUGAUACUCCUGAUUUGCUAAGAGCCAAGAGAGGGCAGAAGCUGCAGAGUCAGUACUUGUAUGUUGAACUCGCCACCAAAGAGAGACCUCAUCAUCAUGCUGGAAACCAGACCACCGCUUUGAAGCAUGCUAAAGAUGUGAAAGACCUGGUCAGCGAGAAAAAGUACAAAACCCAGUAUGAAAAGAUGAAGGACAAGUACACACCAGUUGCAGAUACACCAAUUCUCAUCCGAGCCAAGAAGGCUUACUGGAAUGCCAGUGAUCUACGCUACAAAGAAACGUUCCAAAAGACCAAGGGGAAAUACCACACUGUGAAGGAUGCUCUGGACAUUGUUUACCAUCGCAAAGUCACAGAUGACAUCAGUAAAGUGAAAUACAAGGAGAACUAUAUGAGUCAGUUGGGAAUAUGGAGGUCCAUUCCUGAUCGGCCUGAGCACUUCCAUCAUCGGGCAGUUACAGAUGCAGUCAGUGAUGUAAAAUAUAAAGAAGAUUUGACCUGGCUUAAAGGUAUUGGUUGUUAUGCUUAUGAUACCCCUGACUUCACUCUGGCUGAACAGAACAAGAAACUCUACAGCAAGUAUAAGUAUAAAGAAGUAUUUGAAAGGACAAAGUCAGAUUUCAAGUAUGUUCCUGACUGUCCAAUCAACAAACAUUUCAAGUAUGCAACUCAAUUGAUGAAUGAGAAAAAAUACAGAUCUGAUUAUGAGCAGCGGAAAGAUAAAUACCACCUGGUAGUUGAUGAGCCUAGACAUCUGCUGGCUAAGACGGCAGGCGACCAGCUCAGUGAGAUCAAAUACCGGAAAAAAUAUGAGAAAACAAAGAGCAAAUUCACCUCAAUUGUGGAUACGCCAGAACACCUGCGUACUACAAAAGUCAACAAACAAAUCAGUGAUAUACUUUACAAGUUGGAGUACAACAAAGCCAAACCCAGAGGUUAUACUACCAUCCAUGACACACCCAUGUUGCUGCAUGUCCGAAAGGUCAAAGAUGAAGUCAGUGAUCUAAAAUACAAAGAGGUUUAUGAAAGAAAUAAGUCCAACUGCACCAUUGAGCCAGACGCUGUUCAUAUCAAAGCUGCUAAGGAUGCCUACAAAGUCAACACCAAUCUGGACUAUAAGAAGCAAUAUGAAGCCAACAAAGCCUUCUGGAAGUGGAUCCCUGAUCGUCCAGACUUCAUCCAGGCUGCCAAGUCAACCUUGCAGCAAAGCGAUUUUGAGUAUAAGCUGGACCGAGAGUUCCUCAAGGGUUGUAAGCUUUCUGUCACUGAUGAUAAAGACAUGGUGCUGGCUCUAAGGAAUUCUCUAAUAGAAAGUGAUUUGAAAUACAAAGAGAAACAUGUCAAGGAAAGAGGAACCUGCCACGCUGUACCUGAUACCCCCCAGAUCCUUCUGGCAAAGAAUGUCAGCAGUCUGGUAUCUGAGAACAAGUACAAGAAACAUGCCAAGAAGCAUUUGCCUCAGGGUUCAUAUACAACGCUACCAGAGACGCUGGACACAAUUCGUGUCAAGAAAGUGACCAAGCAUGUCAGUGAUACAAAUUACAAAAAGAAGUUUGUCAAGGAGAAAGGGAAGUCCAAUUACUCCAUCAUGCUGGAGCCCCCAGAUGUGAUGCAUGCCAUGGACGUGGCCAAGAAGCAGAGUGAUGUCGCUUACAAGAGAGAUGCCAAAGAAAAUCUGCAUUACACCACCGUCGCAGAUCGGCCAGAUAUCAAGAAGGCCACACAGGCAGCCAAACAGGCCAGUGAGGUGGAAUACAGAGCCAAGCACCGAAAGGAAGGUAGCCAUGGGCUAAGCAUGCUCGGCCGCCCUGACAUUGAAAUGGCCAAGAAGGCAGCCAAGCUGAGCAGCCAGGUUAAAUACCAAGAAAAUUUCAAGAAAGAGAAGGGCAAGACAACAAAAUACAAUCCAAAAGACAGUCAACUCUACAAAGUCAUGAAAGAUGCUAAUAAUCUUGCAAGUGAGGUUAAAUAUAAAGCUGACCUAAAGAAACUUCACAAACCUGUGACAGAUAUGAAAGAAUCUCUAAUAAUGAAUCAUGUCCUGAAUACAAGCCAACUUGCCAGUUCUUACCAGUACAAGAAAAAGUAUGAAAAGAGUAAAGGCCACUACCACACAAUACCUGAUAACUUGGAGCAGCUUCAUCUGAAAGAGGCUACAGAAUUACAGAGUAUAGUUAAAUACAAAGAGAAAUUUGAAAAGGAACGAGGAAAACCCAUGUUGGACUUUGAAACUCCAACAUACCUCACUGCCAAAGAGUCUCAGCAGAUGCAAAGUGGGAAAGAAUAUCGGAAGGACUAUGAAGAGUCCAUUAAAGGCAGGAACCUGACUGGUCUGGAGGUCACACCAGCUUUGUUACAUGUCAAAUAUGCCACCAAAAUAGCCAGUGAGAAAGAAUACAGAAAGGAUCUAGAGGAAAGUAUCCGUGGAAAGGGUCUCACAGAAAUGGAAGAUACUCCUGAUAUGUUAAGAGCAAAAAAUGCCACACAGAUCCUCAAUGAGAAAGAAUAUAAGAGAGACCUGGAGCUUGAAGUCAAAGGAAGAGGUCUGAAUGCCAUGGCCAACGAAACUCCAGACUUUAUGAGGGCCAGGAAUGCUACUGAUAUUGCCAGUCAGAUUAAAUAUAAGCAAUCAGCAGAAAUGGAAAAAGCUAAUUUCACUUCUGUGGUUGAUACUCCAGAGAUUAUUCAUGCCCAGCAAGUCAAGAAUCUUUCAAGCCAGAAAAAGUACAAGGAAGAUGCAGAGAAGUCCAUGUCCUAUUAUGAAAUUGUUUUGGACACUCCAGAGAUGCAGAGAGUUCGGGAGAACCAAAAGAAUUUCAGCCUUCUGCAAUACCAGUGUGACCUUAAAAACAGUAAAGGGAAAAUUACAGUUGUCCAAGACACGCCAGAAAUACUGCGUGUUAAAGAAAAUCAAAAGAAUUUCAGCUCGGUUUUAUACAAAGAGGAUGUCUCACCAGGAACAGCGAUUGGAAAGACACCAGAGAUGAUGCGAGUGAAGCAAACACAAGACCACAUUAGCUCGGUGAAGUAUAAGGAAGCGAUUGGACAAGGAACCCCAAUCCCUGAUCUGCCUGAAGUGAAACGUGUCAAAGAGACACAGAAGCACAUUAGCUCGGUUAUGUAUAAAGAAAACUUGGGAACAGGCAUUCCAACGCCUGUCACUCCGGAGAUUGAGAGAGUCAAACGCAAUCAAGAGAACUUUAGCUCGGUGUUAUAUAAAGAAAACCUCGGGAAAGGAAUCCCAAUUCCCAUCACUCCAGAGAUGGAGAGAGUCAAACAGAAUCAAGAAAACUUUAGUUCGGUGUUAUACAAAGAAAACAUGGGCAAGGGAACCCCUUUACCUGUCACUCCAGAGAUGGAGAGAGUCAAACACAAUCAAGAAAAUAUUAGCUCGGUUUUAUACAAAGAAAAUGUGGGGAAAGCCACCCCAACCCCUGUCACUCCAGAGAUGCAGAGAGUCAAACGCAAUCAAGAGAACAUUAGCUCGGUGUUAUACAAAGAGAGUCCUGGGAAAGCGACCCCCACACCCAUUACUCCUGAGAUGGAGAGAGUCAAACGCAAUCAAGAAAACUUUAGCUCGGUAUUGUACAAAGAAAAUAUGAGAAAAGCAACUCCGACACCUGUCACUCCAGAGAUGGAAAGAGCUAAGCGCAACCAAGAAAACAUUAGCUCGGUCCUCUAUUCUGAUAGCUUCCGGAAACAAAUACAAGGCAAAGCUGCCUAUGUCUUAGACACUCCAGAGAUGAGACGGGUGAGGGAGACCCAACGCAACAUCUCAACAGUAAAGUACCAUGAAGACUUUGAGAAACAUAAAGGAUGCUUCACACCAGUGGUGACAGACCCCAUCACUGAACGAGUAAAGAAAAAUACACAAGACUUCAGUGAUAUUAACUACAGAGGCAUUCAGAGAAAAGUGGUAGAAAUGGGACAAAAACGAAAUGACCAGGAUCAGGAGACUGUUUCAGGUUUGCGUGUCUGGCGUACUAAUCCUGGCUCUGUUUUUGACUAUGAUCCAGCAGAGGACAACAUUCAAUCCCGAAGCUUACACUUGAUUAAUGUGCAAGCACAGCGCAGGAGCCGGGAGCAGUCCCGGUCGGCCAGUGCCCUGAGCAUCAGUGGGGGAGAGGAGAAGUCUGAGCCCUCAGAAAAUGCUGACCACCACCUCUCCAGCUACAGUGAUGGAGGAGUCUUCUUCUCAGCAACCUCAACAGCUUACAAACAUGCUAAAACUACUGUGCUCCCACAACAACGAUCAUCUUCAGCUGCCACCCAACAGACAACAGUAUCUUCUAUCCCAUCUCAUCCAUCUACUGCUGGAAAAAUCUUCCGUGCCAUGUAUGAUUAUAUGGCUGCAGAUGCAGAUGAGGUAUCCUUCAAAGAUGGAGAUGCUAUUGUCAAUGUUCAAGCUAUUGAUGAAGGGUGGAUGUAUGGCACUGUACAGAGGACCGGCAGGACAGGCAUGCUUCCAGCCAACUAUGUUGAAGCUAUGUAG